ACUUAUGUGCAAAAUUUGUAUAUGUAUCCCAUCAACCGUACGAUCUUUAUCGGGCGGUCGUUCUCUGUUUUGAUCGACUGAGUCAUCCCUUCGCCUCUGGACUCGCGCUCCUAUUUAUAUGAUAUUUAAUCUCCUACUAUUUAUAAAGCAACAAAAUUGCUUCUUUUCUUUCUCUUCUAUACGGCGUCAGGGUGCGAGAGAAGAAGCGAUGGCGAUGGCGAGCUUCGCGAGGCGAAGGGCCGGGGAUCUCUUCCGGACGGAGGCAAUGCGGCGGUCCUCCGUGUUCUUCAGGGGCUUCGCGGCGGCAGUGGGCGACGAGAACGACGUGGUGGUGAUCGGCGGCGGCCCUGGGGGGUACGUGGCGGCGAUCAAGGCCGCGCAGUUAGGUCUUAAGACGACGUGCAUCGAGAAGAGGGGAACCCUCGGAGGCACCUGCCUCAACGUUGGCUGCAUCCCUUCCAAGGCUCUCCUUCAUUCCUCUCAUAUGUACCAUGAAGCUAAGCAUGCAUUCCCAAGUCAUGGUGUUAAGUUCACUCAGCUUGAAAUUGACCUACCUGCCAUGUUGGCACAGAAAGAUAAAGCUGUUUCUGGUCUCACUCGAGGUAUUGAAGGCUUGUUCAAGAAGAAUAAAGUAAACUAUGUCAAAGGUUCUGGCAAAUUCAUUUCACCAUCAGAAGUUUCUGUAGACACCCUUGAUGGAGGAAACACAGUUGUCAAAGGCAAAAACAUCAUCAUUGCCACCGGCUCUGAUGUGAAAUCUCUCCCUGGAAUUACUAUAGACGAGAACAAAAUUGUUUCGUCCACUGGAGCUCUAUCUUUGUCCACCGUCCCAAAGAAAUUGGUGGUGAUUGGUGCAGGCUACAUUGGUUUGGAGAUGGGAUCAGUUUGGGGACGGCUCGGUGCUGAGGUCACUGUUGUUGAGUUUGCACCUGAUAUUGUUCCUUCCAUGGAUGAUGAGGUAAGGAAGCAGUUUCAGCGCAUGCUUGAGAAGCAGAAAAUGAAAUUCAUGCUCAAGACAAAGGUUGUUGCGGUUGACACUUCAGCGGAUGGGGUUAAGUUGACAGUUGAACCCGCAGCUGGAGGCGAACAGAGCACGCUUGAGGCAGAUGUUGUUCUUGUAUCUGCCGGUCGCAUCCCUUAUACGGCAGGUCUUGGACUAGAGAAGAUCGGAGUACAAACCGAUAAGGCAGGAAGGAUCACAGUUGACAAGCACUUCAAGACCAAUGUUUCGGGAGUAUAUGCCAUUGGCGAUGUGAUACCAGGGCCUAUGCUUGCCCACAAGGCAGAAGAAGAUGGAGUUGCAUGCGUAGAGUUCAUCGCAGGUAAGGAAGGUCAUGUCGACUAUGAUAUGGUCCCAGGAGUGGUGUACACACACCCUGAGGUGGCUUCAGUUGGCAAGACGGAGGAGCAAGUGAAGUCCCUGGGGUUGGCAUACAGAGUUGGCAAGUUCCCAUUCUUGGCCAACAGCCGCGCCAAGGCUAUUGACGACGCGGAGGGGUUAGUGAAGAUAUUAGCUGAGAAAGAGACUGACAAGAUCCUCGGCGUCCACAUAAUGUCACCCAAUGCCGGGGAGCUCGUCCACGAAGCUGUUCUGGCUCUCCAAUAUGGAGCCUCGAGUGAAGACAUUGCUAGAACAUGUCAUGCGCACCCGACUAUGAGUGAGGCUGUGAAGGAAGCUGCCAUGGCUACAUACGACAAGCCUAUUCACAUAUGAGUACUUGCUACUUGCCACAUUAUGAUCUUUGGAUUUUUUUAUUUAUUUAUUUUUGGAAUAAUUUAUAAACUUUUGAUAAAAGAACAUUUCAAUUUGUACUCGUUUAUCGUUGCUUGAGGCUCUCAAUCGAGAUUUGUUCAGGCUUCAUAGCU